CGCGGCGCCAUGGAGUUCCCGGAGCACGGGCGGCAGGUACUGCGCAGCCUGCGGGAGCAGCGCAGCCAGGGCUUCCUGUGCGACUGCAGCGUGCUGGUGGGCAGCGCCCAGUUCCGGGCACACCGUGCCCUCCUGGCCUCCUGCAGCACCUUCUUCCACAUGUGCUACAAGGAGCGACUCGACAAGGGCGACCUGGUGCGCGUCAACGGCGAGAUUGUCACACCGGCUGCCUUUGGGCUGCUGCUGGACUUCAUGUACGAGGGCCGGCUGGCCUUCGAUGACACGCCCGUGGAGGACGUGCUGGCAGCUGCCAGCUACCUGCACAUGAACGACGUCGUCAAGGUCUGCAAGAAGAAGCUGCAGGCGCGGGCGCUGGCUGAGGCUGACAGCACCAAGCGGGAGGAGGAGGUGCCCGGUAGCCCUGUGCUGCCGCCCAGUGCCUCCAGGCAGCCGCCACCGGGCGCCACAGCACCGCUAGGACCCGGCCUGGCCCGGGCACCCCGGGGUGGUGAGGAGCAGCCACCGGGUGCCCUGGAGCCGCCAGCACCCACCGUGGAUGCGGCCGACACCACGCAGCCCGGCAUGGAGGGCGACUCGCCCCACGGGCCGCUGCCGGGGCGGGCCCCACCUCCCUCGGACCUCUCAAGCCCCAGUAGCUCCACGGAGACCCUGCCGCUGCCCUUCCUGGCGCCGGGCCGGCUGGCUGAGCCACCAGGACCUGAGCCGUGGCCACCCAGCACCCUGGACAGCUUCUACGGCCACCAGCCCGAGCGGGGCCCUGGCGCAGCUGUCAAGGUGGAGGCCAUCGUCAUCUCCGACGAGGAGCCGGAGGCGCCGGAGCCCUGCACAGAGCCGCUCUUUGCCCGGCCACCGGCUGAAGUGCCGGAGGAGGCGCCGCCCGAGGGUGGCUUCACCCUGCCCUUCGCUGGGCUGCCGCCGCCGUACGCUGGGCUGCCGCCGCCGCCGCCACCGCUGCACGAGCCGCUCUUCCUGCCCAAGUUCGAGGCAGGCGGAGGGCUGGGGCUCUUCGCCGAGGACGUGCCGACCUGCCGCACCUGCGGCAAGACCUUCUCGUGCUCCUACACGCUGCGGCGCCACGCCACUGUGCACACGCGCGAGCGUCCCUACGAGUGCCGCUACUGCCUGCGCAGCUACACGCAGUCUGGGGACCUCUACCGCCACAUCCGCAAGGCCCACCACGACGGCCCGGCCACCAAGCGCUGCAAGACGGACGCCGACAGCCCCCCGUAGCUGGUGGGGACGCUGGUGCGCCUAGACGCCGGGAUAUCGGCAUGCCGGCACGGUGGAACACCGGGACAGCGGGAUAUUGGCAUGCUGGCACAGUGGGACAUGGGGGCAGCGGGAUACCGAUCUGCUGGCACCGGCACGGUGGGACACCGGCACACUAGGAUACCGGCACGCCGGUGCGGUGGGACCCUGGGACGCCAUGACGCCAGGGCACCGGGACGCCGGCACUGCCGGGACACCGGGACCCCAGGACACCUGCGUCGUUGUGGGGACACUGGGACAGGGGCAGCCCCGGGGGCGGCGGCGGCAGCGUGGGCCAAGCGGCGGGUGUACGGCGGUGACGUAGCUGCCCGUGACGUGGCUCCUCUGGCGGUGACGUAGCUGCCCGUGACGUAAUAAAGCGCCACCGGUGA